GCGUACGUGUCCGCCACACUCCCAAAGCCAAAAGCCAGCCAAAGCGAUACCCUCCUUCUCCUCCUCACCGCAGCUCUAGCGCCGCCGCCAGGGCUCUACGCUUUCCCCCACAUCGGAGACCCCUUCGCGGCGGCGGCGGCUAAGUGAGUCGCCGCAGAUGGCGGACCGGCUGACGCGUAUCGCGAUCGUGAGCGAGGACAAGUGCAAACCCAAGAAGUGCCGCCAGGAGUGCAAGAAGAGCUGCCCCGUCGUCAAGACCGGGAAGCUUUGCAUUGAAGUUAGUCCAGCGGCGAAACUUGCAUUCAUUUCUGAAGAGCUGUGUAUUGGUUGCGGUAUCUGUGUUAAGAAAUGCCCAUUUGAUGCCAUUGAAAUUAUCAAUCUUCCGAAAGAUUUGGAAAAAGAUACCACUCAUCGCUAUGGUCCGAAUACCUUCAAAUUGCACAGGUUGCCUGUUCCAAGACCUGGUCAAGUUUUGGGCCUUGUUGGAACCAAUGGAAUUGGGAAGUCAACUGCACUUAAAGUGUUAGCUGGCAAGCUGAAGCCUAAUUUGGGACGAUUCAAAAACCCACCUGAUUGGCAAGAAAUUCUUACAUACUUCCGCGGGUCCGAACUUCAGAAUUACUUUACGCGUAUAUUGGAAGAUAACCUGAAGGCUAUCAUCAAGCCUCAGUAUGUUGACCACAUUCCAAAAGCUGUUCAAGGAAAUGUAGGGCAAGUACUUGAGCAGAAAGAUGAGCGGGAUAUGAAGAAUGAGCUGUGUGUUGACCUUGAAUUGAACCAGGUUAUUGACAGAAAUGUAGGAGAUUUGUCUGGUGGUGAGCUUCAGAGAUUUGCAAUAGCAGUUGUUGCUGUGCAAAGUGCAGAAAUUUACAUGUUUGAUGAGCCAUCAAGUUAUCUUGAUGUCAAGCAGAGGCUUAAGGCUGCACAAGUCAUUAGGUCCUUGCUUAGAUCCAACAGCUAUGUCAUUGUCGUGGAACAUGACUUGAGUGUCUUAGAUUACUUGUCCGACUUUAUUUGCUGCUUAUAUGGGAAGCCAGGUGCUUAUGGUGUUGUUACACUGCCAUUUUCGGUCCGAGAAGGUAUCAAUAUUUUCCUGGCUGGAUUUGUUCCAACAGAGAACCUUCGGUUUCGUGAUGAAUCUCUUACAUUUAAGAUUGCGGAGACCCAGGAAAAUGCAGAGGAAGUAGCGUCAUACCAGCGGUACAAGUACCCUUCCAUGAGCAAAACACAGGGAAAUUUCAAGCUUUCUGUUGCUGAGGGUGAAUUCACUGAUUCUCAGAUUGUUGUGAUGCUUGGUGAGAACGGGACAGGGAAAACUACAUUCAUCAGAAUGCUGGCUGGGUUGUUGAAGCCAGAUACCAUAGAAGGAACUGAGGUUGAAAUUCCUGAAUUUAAUGUGUCAUACAAGCCUCAAAAGAUCAGCCCAAAAUUCCAGCAUCCAGUGAGGCACUUGCUUCAUCAGAAAAUAAGGGAUUCAUAUACUCAUCCUCAGUUUGUGUCUGAUGUCAUGAAACCACUGCAAAUUGAGCAACUCAUGGACCAGGAAGUUGUUAAUUUAUCAGGUGGAGAGCUCCAAAGAGUGGCAUUAUGUCUGUGCCUUGGAAAGCCUGCAGAUAUUUAUUUAAUUGAUGAGCCAAGUGCAUAUCUCGAUUCAGAACAGCGAAUUGUUGCCUCGAAGGUUAUCAAAAGAUUCAUCCUUCAUGCAAAGAAAACUGCAUUUAUCGUAGAGCAUGAUUUCAUCAUGGCAACGUACUUAGCGGACAAGGUUAUUGUUUAUGAAGGACGUGCUUCUAUUGACUGCACUGCCAAUGCACCUCAGUCUUUGGUAUCUGGGAUGAAUAAAUUCUUAUCGCAUCUUGACAUUACGUUUAGAAGAGACCCGACCAACUAUAGGCCACGAAUAAACAAACUGGAAUCUACAAAAGACAGAGAGCAGAAGAAUGCUGGAUCUUACUACUACCUUGAUGACUAAUGAGGAAUUACAGUGACUUCUCGGAGAGCUUCACGUUGAUAAUGCUCCGAGUCUGUUGGAUGCACCAGACUAGCUGGAAGCUGCUGCCACUACAUGAGAUCAUUAGAUGAGACAUACAAAAAUAAUAGGCUACAGGAGGGAAGCCCAUCGAGUGAAGUUCUUCGAUUAUAAAGCAGCGCAUGUGGUGUUGAUACUGUAUUUUUGUUUAUUUUUCUCUGUACGAUGGGAAGGAAACUAAUUGACUCUGAGGGGAGAACGAUUAUCAGUUUUCGUGUAUCUGCAUUGUUGUAUCAUGGCUUUACCAUCUGGUAUCCUUCAAUCCUUGAAUUCAUACAACUUAUAAUUUUCUUUGACUUGUAUAUUUGUUACAGUAUCUAGUCGACCAUUGUGUUUCUA